AUGAAGAUGGUCCAAUGCGCGGGCUGCGAGCGACCCAUUCUCGACCGAUUCUUACUGCACGUACUGGAUCGAUCGUGGCACGCUAAAUGCGUACAGUGCAGCGAUUGCCGCUGUAGUCUCAGCGAGAAGUGUUUUUCGCGCGACGGCAAACUCUUCUGUAGGAGCGACUUUUACAAACGUUUCGGAACGAAAUGUGCCGGAUGCGCCCAAGGAAUAUCCCCGACUGAUCUCGUACGGCGGGCUCGAUCGAAAGUUUUCCAUCUGAAAUGUUUCACAUGCCUCGUCUGCCGGAAGCAACUGUCAACUGGUGAAGAGCUUUACGUGUUGGACGAGAACCGCUUCAUCUGUAAAGAAGACUACCUCAAUCAGAGACAACAGGGCAACGCAAUCUUCAGUCUGUUCUGCCCUUCAAUCAAUCCACCUCUGACUGCACUUGACAGCAUGGCCUCGCCUGGUGACCAUUCGCUGGUGCUCGACGAAACCCAGGACAGUCAGACGGAUCUUCUGAUGGAACGCGAAGUGCGCGAAGACUCUGUCGAAAGGGAUCUCAUGACGCUGUCGGGUUCUCAGAGCCCGUCCCAAAUGCAAGCGGCAACCAACCAGGCUCUAGCGAUGACAGAUUUAGGACCUCCAAGUCUGAAACGACCCGAUUCCGGAGGCAGUGGACCCGAAUCACAAAUGAACGUCGCCGAUGACGGCAACGGGAGCCAGAAACGUCGAGGUCCUCGAACUACGAUCAAAGCGAAGCAGCUCGAGACAUUGAAGGCCGCCUUUGCCGCAACGCCGAAGCCCACCCGUCACAUCCGGGAACAGUUGGCCCAAGAAACCGGACUCAACAUGCGCGUCAUACAGGUUUGGUUCCAGAAUCGCCGUUCGAAAGAACGCCGGAUGAAGCAACUCUCAACGUUGGGACCUCGACGUCACUUUUUCCGAAGUCCUCGCCGGGUUAUGAGGUCCUUGAGGCCCGGUAUGAGCCCCGAUCCCCUAGACGACUCACCGCCUGAUCUCCCAACUGGACCCCAAAACGGCUUCGGAUACCUUUCGGAUUCGUCCAACCAGGAGUUUGGCUAUUCGCAAAAUGGGGGUCAGGGCCCUGGCUUCUAUGACUUUUUCCCCGGACAACAAGGAGAAGGACUUCAUUUCGGUCACGCUGCGAAUCCCAGUCUCUCGCCUAGGAAUGGUGUGGUUCUAUCACCGAACGACGCGACAGCGUUCAUGCAAGGACAACACGCGACUGAGAUCCAACAGCGUUCGAGUCCUGACUCGGUGUUGAGCCUUCAGGGAUCAGAAGCGCCGUACGGGCAGCCGCCAAGGAGCGAUUCCGGUGGCAGCUUUUCCACGCCGGGCGCGAAUGAUCCUUCCGUUUGGUGA